AUGUCCUUCCACGCCACAGCAGCACAUUCAUCCCGCAUUACCAAACCAAGAAGAAAAAGUGCCGUCGCAGCAUUGGGUCUGAAACGAACGACCUCCUCACCCUCGGCUGCAAGUUCCAAGAGACGAUCAUUACCGGCCGAGACUACAACUGCCUUUGAAGACGACGAGCAACUAGAUGAUACCGGGGUGGUAAUAGCAAACCUCGCCCACGAUUUAAACUUCCGGGAUGUUCCCCAAUAUAUCGAGUACAUCCGCAACAACAUGUUUAGCGCUAUGCCAGAGAAAGCCGGCAUGAACUCAACCAGGAUAGCAGAGGUUUUGAACUUCCGAACAAGAUUGCCGCCAUUCGUCACGGUAGCGCACAUUGACGCUCUGAGUACGUCCUCAACGCGGAAUGAGCGAGAAAUCUCUGAGCUGGCAAGAGCGGGAAUUUUGCGUAGGGUAACGAUACCGAAUCGCGGUGUUGGUGCUGCUGCUGUGGGUGAUGGUAUCGCUUCGGUACGAGAGUGGCAGGCACUUGUACAGGCUCAUGCUGAACUGCCUGAAGAGCUGAAAGCAAAAUAUAUAGCUGCCAUGAACGCUAAUCCAACAUCAACGUCCAUCCCCGGCACAACCUUCACAUCUCCUGAACUCUCAGCCUUGGUAACCUUUGGCUUCCUUACCUCAGCUUCGUACUUUCCAUCCAACACCUCUCUUUUUGCAUCACCAGGCGCCAGCUCACUCCUCGCCGUCUCUGCGUCUGGAUCUCGCCACGCAGCUGGCUCUCUAGAUGCCGUCGGCGGUACACAUGCAACCCAACAUAUCCACGGCGGAUCGGGAUCACGUCCCUCCGUAGCAGCACAAUACAACUUAUCCUUGCCCAACAUGGGUGCGCAUAUCAAGCUCUUGGUUGAUGCACGGAACCACCUUCUCGCUCUGCUGAACAAGACCAAGUACAAAGAGAUGCCACUUGAUGCCCUUCGCGAGCGGUGGGACGGUGGUGUUACAACCAACGAUAUCAAAGCAGAGAGGAAGAAGUUGAGGGGAGAGUUUGCAGGCGUAUUACCUGGCCGGACGAAGAAAUGGAGAACCUUUUACGGCAUGAGGUUUGACUGGGUUUUGGAGGAAUGUCUAGGCGCUGGACUACUCGAACUGUUUGAGACGGGGAGCGUUGGCAGAGCUGUUCGAGCGAUAACAUAA